AUGAUCUGCCACCGGCAUAUCCUGCCGCUCUUCUAUCUUCUUGUCGUCCAUGCACAAGGUCGGUCAGGAGACCGUCCAGCCGAAUUGAGGCCAUUCUCCACAGCUCUUCCGUCUGUUCCUAUUUGCAGGCCAAACGUUAACCAGCGUGUCUACCCUUCUCGCUGCUGCAGCCAUUCAGGUGGCAGAUUCGCUGAUGCAUCUAUCCAUCCGUUGGUCCAUUCGCUGAAUCUCUUUCCUGUUCGUUCGUCCAUGCAGGGUGACGUACUGUCGGUUCUCUCUCACUUGCCGGCCGCAAACACCAGCCAGACAGCGUACACCGACUUCGAGUUGGCAGAGGCUCUGUUUCGCGCUGUUGAAGGCAAGGCGCCCCUUGCCACAGCCCGCCUGAUCCUGCCUCACGUCGGCAACCUGAACGUCCUAGAUGUGCAUGGCAAUUCUGUGCUCCACUACGCGGUCAAGUUCAAUACGAGCGACAUGAUGCUCAUCAGGCUACUGGUGGGGGCCGUGCCAUCGCAGCCUGAUGGCAAACGUGUGGCCAUCAAUGGGCGCAACCACAGAGGAAGGACGGCAAUGCUUGAUGCAGUGGACCUCCCCUCGCACAAACCUCAGGCGCGAAGCGCUGACAUGGUCCAAACACUUGCGGAACUUGGUACGGACACUCGUAUACACUGGCACUCAUGCACAAGCAUUACACGUGCGUCACAUUCAGGGGCGGACUUGGAGCUGGCAGGGCGCGGUCCUCUGACUGGCACUCUUGGGCAUAUCACCCCAUUGAUGUUUGCUGCGGACCAGGUGCGCUGCAACUUCCCGCCUGCGACGGCCUUCCAUCUUUCCUUUCUUGCAUGUCACGCAGCGCAACGAGGCGGCGUUUGUCCGUUUGCUCGGGCUGGGAGCGGACGUCAACGCGACAAGGCACGUCCAGGAAGAGCGCAACGGCAAAGUGAUCGAUAGGCAGCUUCAGCUGAGUGUCCUCAUGUUCCUAUCGAACUGUAAUUGCAAGCCACACGAGAAGGACUGUCGGCAGCGCGACGAGCGCAUGCUCGAGCUGGCGAUCACGAAGCACGGAGCUCAUGUGUCGUUCAUCAGCCAAGACUACCUCAGAAGGACAGUGUUGCAUUUUGCUGCAGAGCGGUGAGAGAAUGAUCACUCAAGCGAAAAGCCAACUGCGACAUUCAGCCAGUGAUCUUUCCCAUUCGUCCUUUCUAGUGGCUGUCGUGUGGCUGUGGAGACGCUGUUGCGACAUGGAGCCGAUCCAAGUAUCUCGUCCUCUGACGGACAGACCCCCGCAAAUCUCGCGGCCAAAAAGGUGCGCAACACCGUGGAUCUUGCGAAUGAAGGCCGUGUUGCGCUCACUUACCGCCCCUGCCUGUCUGCAGGGCCAUGCGGAGCUAGCUGCCCUUCUACGCCGGGCUGAGGGUAGGGAGCUGCGGCACAUGAAAUGAUUCUCGUCUCGCUCUUGCCUUAUCCUUUGCAGCGGAGGAGAAGGCCAAGAUGCGGCCCUUCGCAAUUGCCUUCGCCACAGCAUGUGUCUUCUGGGCCUUGCUCGCAUCCUGCGUCUGUGCGAUCUUCUACAGACUGACCAGCACCCGCUGUCGUCGUCGCCUGUGGGGAGUCCUCUCCCAUCCCCUCUGGCUGCUCUGGCGAGGCUGUUGUUCCGUCGGACAGCUCGUGACGUACGCCUGUUUGCUCUUCGUCGGGUCGACUCUGCAAGGGUGCCUGUGGUUCAUGUCUCUCGUCGCCUCCCUGGCCCCAAGAGCAGCACAGCACGAACGCCCUGCAGACAUCAACCUCGAGGACACAUUCAACAGUCAGCUGAGAAAGGGUACGUAUGGCUGGCCUGUCUUUCUUUCUUUCUUUCUUUUCUUGCUUUCUUCCGUGUGUGUGUGUGUGUGUGUGUUAGAGUGUGGUGACUCUCAGAACAAGCGUUCCACAAAGAAGCAUCGGCGAUCGUCGGCGUCCGUCAGAGCGAGAGCUGGUAAUGAU